AUGGAGGUCUAUGUGGACGAUUCUAUCGUCAAAAGCAAAGAAAAUGAAGACCAUGUUACGGACUUGGCUGAGACCUUCGCCACCUUUCGUAAACACCAAAUGAAGCUGAAUCCGAAGAAGUGUGUCUUCGGUGUGAAGUCAAGCAAGUUCCUCAGCUUCAUAGUCAGCAAGAGGGGGAUUGAUGCUAAUCCCGCCAAAGUACAAGCAGCUCUUGACCUCCCCGAGCCGAAAACGAGAAGGGAUGUUCAGCGCCUAACUAGCAGAAUGGCUACCCUGUCCAGGUUUAUCUCAAAAGCCUCAGACAAAGGGCUACCUUUCUUCAAAGUGCUCAAAAUCCCAAAGUCAAAAGAACUUAAUUGGGGAGACGAGCAGAAGCAAGCCUUUCAGUAG